AUGCCAGCUGCGGCUUACGAUUUCGAGGUGCCCCCUCGCGACACAAUCACCGGCGCUGGCGAGAUCGGCGCCGACGCAGUUAAGGGCGGAGAGCCGACGUUUGUCAGCCACACGAGUCGCUGGGCGCAGCGCUGGUGCAGCCUGCAGGCCCUCGACCUUGACAUCGGUGCCAUGUCUGGCUACAUGCACCUGGGGGACCUGCUGCAGGUGCCCGCGGCCGCGCCACCCGCGGCCACGCUGGUCACGCUGACCAUCACGGCGCCCUCACACUUUGGCGGCAUCGCCACCGGCGCUGGCGACCCCGCCGCCGACGCGCUGGCGCCGCUGGGCGCCUUUGCACGGCUGGAAUUGCUGACGUUGAUGUUCGAGGACAGAACUGUGCCGGGCGGAUUCAAUCUAUUCGGUUUUGUGAGGCUGGACGACGCCAAGCUGCGGCUCCUGCUGGGCCCGCCCCGCCCCGUUUGCACGCGUGGCCCCACGCUGCGUUCCAUUUCUGUGCGCCUCACCAAACAGCAGGUGGUGCUGCCGCGCUGUUCAGAGCACAUAGUGCAGCUGCCGCCGCCUGUCAGCUGGGCUUGCUGCGAAGAGCUGCAGGGGGCACACCCCGGGUUGCGCUUUGAAAUCGCAAAGUUGAGGCCGGCCAGGGUGUUCAGGGAUUCAAAAUGCGAGGAGGACUAG